CGCAUCUAUAUUUGCCCAGUGACCGACCUGCCCACCUGGUCGAGCACGUACCAAGCAACAGCGCUCCGAACGACGGCAAGGUCAUCACCUCCCCAUCCUCCUCGUCAUGGCAAGCAGCAGCAGUAGCACCGCGGACACCUCUGCGUUCGACUCGAUGGUAGAGGACUUGAUUCCGAACGCGUCCGACCCAAACGCCGUGUGUCUCGAGGACUUUUCGCUCAUCCGCGUGAUCGGCAAGGGCUCGUUCGGCAAGGUGACGCUGGUGCGCAAACGUGACAACUCCAAGGUGUUUGCGAUGAAGAUCCUGAGCAAGGCGUACAUUGUCAAGCGCAACCAAGUCGAGCACACGCGCACCGAGCGGCGCGUGCUCGCGGUCGUGUCGCAUCCGUUCAUCGUAAGUUUGCAUUACGCGUUUCAAACCAAAGACAAGCUGUACUUUGUGCUCGACUACUGCCCCGGCGGCGAGCUCUUUUUCCACCUCACGCGACUCGGCAAGUUUUCCGAGGCCAUGGCGCGCUUCUACACGGCCGAGCUCGUCGUCGCCCUCGAGCAUCUCCACUCGUUAGGGGUCAUUUACCGCGAUCUAAAGCCCGAAAACAUCUUGCUGGACGAGAUGGGGCACGUCAAGCUCGCCGACUUUGGGCUCGCCAAGACGGAAGUCACCGAAGUCGCCAGCGGCGCGCACAGUUUGGUCGGGACACCCGAGUACCUCGCCCCCGAAGUGCUGGCGCGCACUGGCCACGGCACCGCCGUCGACUGGUGGGGUCUCGGCAUGGUUCUCUUUGAAAUGCUCACGGGCAUGCCGCCAUGGUAUACGCGGAACCGACAGGACCUGUAUGCCCGCAUCCGCGAUGCGCCGCUAGAGAUUCCGCCUGGGCUUGGCGCAGACGCGGCGUCGCUUAUCCGAGCGCUGCUCCAUCGUGAUCCAGAGAAGCGGCUCGGCGGCCGCAAAGGACACGGCGCCGUGCAAGUUAAAGCGCAUCCGUUCUUCCGAUCCGUGGACUGGGAUGGCCUGCUGUGGGCCGAGCCACCAUUUCGACCGAGCCACCCCCAAGCUAAAGAUGACGGCGACACAUCCAACUUUGAAAAAGAGUUUACCGAGAUGCCUGUGCACACCCCCGUGAGUCUGCACCGUAUCGCAGGCACGUCCCAGAUCAUCGCGCCAUCCAUGUUUACCGGCUUUACGUACGAAGCGCCGUCGAUUUCCCUCGGGUCCAACACAUCCCAGUGUCAAGUUGACACUGCCGCUACCCAGCCGUUUAUCUAGCCCAUCGUCACAGAACUAGGCUACCUAGCUACACACUGACUCCCCGCCGCGGCUACAAUCGUGGUGGAUCGGGUGUAUUGUUGUUGGUUGCUGGGUAUAGAUAGUACUAUGGAUGGUGGCGGCUACAUACAUGUAUUUUGACGUCGACGGUUGCAAAAGGUCUAGAGUAACUGAGAGUAACGUUACCUCGGUUGUUUAUUAUUCA